UCCCCAGUCCCACCCGGUGCGCGUCUCAUGGGGGACGACCCCCAAGUAGGUCCCGACUCCUGCCUUCGGGGUGGACCCGGCCGCUGCGUGAGGCGCGCGGCCUGGGCAUGGUGUGUGCGGCCCGCAGAUCUCACCGGUGGAAUGUGAAGAGCAGAGCCCUCCGGUUUUGUAUCAGAUGUUCCACAUAAUGCUGGAGUUAAGAAGUUCCCAUUCUAUUGCUUUGAACCAGAAGACUUUGUUCCCUGUAUAUAGAAUAGGAGUAAUGUUUAAAAACAUCUGGCUGGUGUUUAAAACUGAAGAUUGUCAUGACUGUUUAUUCUAAGCCCUAUGCUGAAGUAAGGUUAAUUGUCUUGGAAAUACUAACUUGGGAUAAUCGAGAUCUACUUCUGGAACCAUGAAAAUUUUGCUGGUUUUUGACUUUGACAAUACAAUCAUAGAUGAAAACAGUGACACCUGGAUUGUUCAAUGUGCUCCAGACAAAAAGCUUCCUAUUGAACUACAGGAUUCUUAUCAAAAAGGAUUUUGGACAGAAUUCAUGGGCAGAGUCUUUAAGUAUUUGGGAGAUGAAGGUGUAAGAGAAGAUGAAAUGAAAAGAGCAGUGACAUCAAUGCCUUUCACUCCAGGGAUGGUGGAACUUUUCACCUUCGUAAGAAAGAAUAAGGAUAAAUUUGACUGCAUCAUUAUUUCAGAUUCAAAUUCAGUCUUCAUAGAUUGGGUUUUAGAAGCUGCAAAUUUUUAUGAUAUAUUUGAUAAAGUGUUUACAAAUCCAGCAGCUUUUAAUAGUAAUGGUCAUCUCACUGUGGAAAAUUAUCAUGCUCAUUCUUGCAAUAGAUGCCCAAAGAAUCUUUGCAAAAAUGUAGUUUUGGUAGAAUUUUUGAAUAAACAGUCGCAACAGGAAGUGAAUUAUACACAAAUUGUUUAUAUAGGUGAUGGUGGAAAUGAUGUCUGUCCAGUAACCCUUUUAAAGAAGAAUGAUGUUGCUAUGCCACGGAAAGGAUAUACCUUACAGAAAACUCUUACCAGAAUGUCUCAAAAGCUUGAGCCUAUGGAAUCUUCUGUCGUAGUUUGGUCCUCAGGUGUUGAAAUAAUUUCUCAUUUAAAAUUUCUAAUAAAGGAAUAAUAUGCCA